UCUAAGAAAAGAACGGUGAAAAUGCAAUCUAUUAAGGAAACUGCUGCUAAUGUUGCUGCGUCGGCCAAGUCUGGCAUGGAGAAAACCAAGGCUGCCGUGCAAGAAAAGAUGGAGAGAAUGAAAGCUAACAAUCCAACUGAGAAAGAGAUGGCCACUGAGAAAAAAGAAGAAAAAAUCAACCAAGCUGAGCUUCACAAGCAGGAGGUUCGUGAGCAGAACGCCCCCGCAAAGCAGGCGGCGCAAGGCCACUCCUAUUCAACGACAGGGGAGAAGGGACAGGCCACCGGGGGACACCAGAUGUCGGCACUGCCGGGACAUGGUACUGGACAGCCCACGGGACAGGUUAUCGAGGGUACUAUUAAGUCCCAUCCUAUUGGCACUGCCACGGGAACUGGGAGGCCAACCACGGCGCAUAACACCAAGGUCGGUGCCGGAACCAAUAAAGGAUACGGCACUGGUGGUGCUUAUAAUGGUUAGCCAAGAAAAAUGUGUCGAAAUUUUAUGCUGUAGUGGCUAUAAAUUUGUGUGUUCAUUAGGUGUUUGUUGCAGUAGAUCUUUGUUAUUAUGUAUUUUUCUGAAUUAAUAAAAUAUAGCAGUAGAGCUUUGGAAA